CACCAUGUUUUUGAAGUCCAUCGAUGCUUCCUCACAUGUCAAAAAUGCGGCAUACUUAUGUGAGGCCAUUGAGGAAGUUAUAGAUGAGGUGGGGGAAGAAAAUGUGGUGCAAGUGGUGACGGAUAAUGCAGCAAGUUAUGUUGCUGCAGGAAAACUUUUGAUGGAGAGGCACCCAAAAAUCUUUUGGUCUCCAUGUGCAACCCAUUGCCUUGACCUCAUGCUGGAGGAUAUAGGUAAGCUUGGAUGGGUGAAAGAAUGCGUUGAAAGGGCCAAGAAUAUAUGCAAAUUUAUUUACAAUCAUGCAUUGGUCCUUAGCAUUAUGAGGCAAUACACGGGGGAAAGGGAGUUGGCUCGUCCUGGUAUAACGAGAUUUGCCUCAAAUUUCCUCACAUUGAAAUCCUUGUUAAAAUCAAAGGCAUCUUUGAGGCGCAUGUUUGUUGGUGAGGAGUGGACUUCCUCAUCCUAUGCUACGACCACUGCAGGGAUGGAUGUAGUAGAUUGCAUUUUUGAUGAGCUAGGUUUUUGGAUCCCUUGUGCAGAGAUCGUGCAGGUCACUGAGCCCCUAGUAGUUCUCCUACGAGUUGUUGAUGGGGAGAAGCCCGCUAUGGGCUACAUAUAUGAGGGCAUGGAUAGGGCCAAGGAGGCCAUUAGAUCCAUAUAUGUUGGAGUUGAGGAUAAGUAUAGGCCCAUUUGGGACAUAAUUGAUAGAAGAUGGCAUAACCAACUUCAUAGGCCCAUCCAUGCAGCAGCUUAUUACCUCAAUCCAUCAUUUCGUUUCCGUGCUGAUUUCAAAGCGGAUGAGGAGGUUCUUAGCGGGCUAUAUUCAGUAGUACAACGGAUGGUCACUGAUACCACAGCUACACUUCUUGAGAUGGAUGCAUUUAAUAAUGCAUCAGGGGCAAUCUUUGCCAGCCAAUUGUGUAAAGAGGGUCGGACAAAAUUGCAGCCAGAUAGAUGGUGGCAAAUGUUUGGGCCUUCAACCCCAAACCUUCAAAAAAUUGCCAUCCGCAUAUUGAGCCAGCCGUGCAGCGCUUCUGGAUGUGAGCGCAACUGGAGCAUGUUCGAGCACAUCCACUCGAAGAGGCGAAAUAGAUUGUCUGUGGAGAGGUUGAAUGAUCUAGUCUUUGUUCAUUACAACCUCCGUCUCAGGACCAGACAGAUUUUGGACGAUGACUCCUCUCCGAUCACUCUAGAGGAAGUCGACCCUGAGUCCGAUUGGCUCACUGAGUCCACCGAUCCAGUCUUCACUGAUGAGGACCUUGAGUGGGUUGACCAGGCAGACAGAGAGGCUGAGGCUGCGGCUAUGGCAGAGGAGGAGGAUAGAGCACGAUCAGGCACAGCACCUAUGGCUACUCAGACUGGCACAUCACAGGCAGAGACUAUGGCUACUCAGUCAUCCAGGACCUACCUUAGACGCCUUUGUAGGAGGCAGAUAGACUCGGCUGAGCCAGAGCCUGAGCCAUAGACUUGUUUUUUUUUACACUUUACAGUUAGAUAUAUGUUUGGGAACAUUUGUAGUCAUGGAUUUUAUAUUAUACAUUGGACAACAUUUAUAACUCUAUAUAUCUAUGUUUUCUAAUUCCUUCAGCUACAA